GCUGCUCCCUGGCAUUAAGGUGGAGUUGUGUAAUCUGCCUCGAGCUACACUGAGCAUAGAACUCUUAAUGGUUUAGUCCACCUCUACACCUCCUCCCUCCCCUCAUCUUUCCACGGUAUUCUUCCUUCGCGCUCCUCCCUCAAACACACCUUAUGCAAAUGACACCAUUUUCAGACGGCACAGCAGGCUUUUGUUUACACAGCGAUCCGACCGCAGCUGGUUGCUGCUCUGCUCCGCUCCAGCAAAUGUGUGUUCAGAGUUUGGAGGGAAGGAAUAGCCAGCCUUGAACAUCAAGGGAGCGCAACCAACAGUUUUCACUCUGCUCAGAGGCCACAAAGUGUGGCGCAAUUCUUCACAAGAGAGGAGGUGAAACGAGAGAACAUUUUGUACUUCAGCUUUGUUUGAAAUGACUUUUUGAAAAAACCCUCCACCGUUGCACUGCUGUAUUUUCAUUGGACAAGGUGGGACAUACAGUAGAAGAGGUGAAGAACAGGCGGCAACAUUUUCAAGCUUGCGUUGUGCCUUUCUGAGGCACAGCACUGAGGGGGAUCUAGAAGAAGAGGAGGACAAAUCGAGGUGUUUUUUUUGGAUAUACACAACUUUUAUCUUCUGGAAAGCUCUCUGAAGGAUUUGACACAUUUGUUGUGGGAAAGGUUGCCUCUCGUGUGCUAUGCGGGAAAACUCCCAUUCACUCUGUAUCUGAGAGGAAUAUUAGGUGAGAGAUUCAGAAAAACACAAGGCCAUGGACCUGGACCGCAGGGACAGAGAGCCCUGCUUGUCCCCAGCAGCGUUCGUUAAUCAGGUGCAAUACUCUAACAUCCUGGAAGGAAGGUUCAAACAGCUGCAAGAUGAGCGUGAAGCAGUACAGAAGAAGACCUUUACCAAAUGGGUAAACUCUCACUUAGGCCGUGUGACUUCUCGCAUUGGUGACUUGUACACGGACCUGCGCGAUGGCCGCAUGCUAAUCCGCCUUCUGGAGGUGCUCUCGGGAGAACAGCUGCCAAAACCCACUAAGGGCCGCAUGCGUAUCCACUGCCUGGAGAAUGUUGAUAAAGCCCUGCAGUUUCUCAAGGAGCAAAAAGUCCAUCUAGAAAACAUGGGUUCACACGACAUUGUAGAUGGGAAUCACCGUCUCACCCUGGGUCUCAUCUGGACCAUCAUCCUUCGCUUCCAGAUCCAGGACAUUAGUGUGGAGACUGGGGACAACAAGGAGAAGAAAUCCGCUAAAGAGGCCCUGCUGCUUUGGUGCCAAAUGAAAACUGCUGGAUACCCCAAUGUCAACAUCCACAACUUCACCACCAGCUGGAGGGAUGGCCUGGCGUUCAGUGCCAUCGUGCACAAACACAGACCCGACGUGAUUGAGUUUGACAACCUGAAGAGGUCCAAUGCUCACUACAAUCUUCAGAAUGCUUUCAAUGUGGCUGAGAAGGAUCUUGGGCUCACCAAGCUGCUGGACCCAGAAGAUGUUAAUGUUGAUCAACCCGAUGAAAAGUCCAUCAUAACCUAUGUGGCAACCUAUUACCAUUACUUCUCGAAGAUGAAAGCUCUGGCAGUGGAGGGCAAGCGAAUUGGCAAGGUACUGGACUAUGCUAUCGAGGCUGACCAACUGAUAGAGAAGUACGAGACCCUUGCCUCGGAGCUGCUGCAGUGGAUUGAGCAGACCAUAGGGACGCUCAAUGAUCGGCAGCUAGCUAACUCACUGAGUGCUGUGCAAAACCAGCUGCAGGCUUUUAACUCCUACCGGACUGUGGAGAAACCCCCCAAAUUUACAGAGAAAGGAAACUUGGAAGUUCUCCUCUUCACUAUCCAGAGCAAGAUGAGAGCAAACAAUCAGAAAGUCUACAUGCCAAGAGAGGGCAAACUCAUCUCUGACAUCAAUAAGGCAUGGGAGCGACUGGAAAAGGCAGAGCAUGAACGGGAGCUGGCACUGAGAAACGAGUUGAUUCGCCAGGAGAAGCUGGAGAUGCUCGCUGCACGUUUUGACCGCAAAGCAGCUAUGAGGGAAACGUGGCUGAGUGAGAACCAGAGGCUGGUGUCUCAGGACAACUUUGGAACUGACUUGGGAGCUGUGGAAGCUGCCACCCGCAAACACGAAGCGAUUGAGACAGACAUUGGGGCAUAUUGGGAGCGAGUGGCCGCUGUGGAGGCCGUUGCCAAAGAGCUGGAAGCAGAGAGGUACCAUGAUGUGCGGCGUGUUACUGCGCGGAGGGAUAAUGUGCAUCGACUCUGGGAAUACCUGAAAGAGCUUCUGGCUGCACGCAGAGAGCGGCUGCACGCCCAUCGUGACCUCCAGAGACUGUUUGAGGAGAUGCGCUACAUCAUGGACUGGAUGGCAGACAUGAAGGGUCGUCUGCAGUCUCAGGACAGUGGCAAACAUUUGCAUGAUGUGUUGGACCUACUGCAGAAACACACUCUGGUAGAGGCUGACAUUUCAGCUCAGGCAGAGAGGAUCAAGGCAGUUCAGGGAACGGCACAGCGCUUCACUUCCUAUGAACAGACCUACAAACCGUGUGAGCCGGGACUAGUGAGUGAGAAGGUUGACCUCCUCGGGCAAGCCUAUGAGGAGCUUGGUCAGCUUGCUGGGAAACGCAGAGUGCGCCUGGAGGAGUCACGCCGCCUGUGGCAGUUUCUGUGGGAUGUGGGAGAAGAGGCAGCCUGGAUCAGAGAGCAGGAGCAGAUCCUGGCCAGUGGAGACUGUGGCCGUGACCUCACUUCUGCCCUUCACCUGCUCAGCAAACAUGAGGCCUUCAGGGACGAGAUGGCAGCCCGUUACGGCCCCCUGAGUAACAGCAUCGCUGCCGGAGAGGCUUUAGUUGAGGAGGGACACUUUGGAGCCCCAGAGGUCACCGAGAGGAUUCAAGACAUCCGUGCACAGUGGACACAUCUGGAGGAGACAACUAAGCUCAGAGAGCAGAGCCUCAAGGAAGCUGUAGCCCUGCACCAGUUUCAAACAGAUGCCGAUGACAUGGAGGUAUGGAUCAUGGAGACACUUAGACAGGUGUCAAGUCAGGAGGUGGGCCAUGAUGAGUUCUCCACCCAAACUCUCGCUCGCAAGCAGAGGGAGGUAGAGGAGGAGAUCCAAAGUCACCGCCCCGGCAUCGACUCCCUGCACGAGCAGGUCCAAGCACUGCCAGAGGCCUAUGUACAUUUCCCUCAGGUGGAUGGUCGCCUACCUGCUAUUGAGCAGAGUUAUGAAGAACUGGAGUCUCUGUCAGCAGCUCGGCGCCAGGCUCUGGAAGGUGCCCUGGCCCUCUACCGCAUGUUCAGUGAAGCUGGUGCCUGCCAGCUCUGGGUGGAGGAAAAGGAGCAGUGGUUAGAUGGCAUGGAGAUCCCUACCAGACUGGAGGACUUGGAGGUGGUGCAACAGAGAUUUGAGACACUGGAACCUGAGAUGAACAACCUAGGCACUCGUGUCACUGAUGUGAACCAGGUGGCCGAGCAGCUACUGAGCUCCGAAAACUGUAACAAAGACCAAAUCCAUCAGACACGAGACCAACUGCACAACAGAUGGAAGGAGUUCGAACAACUGGCUGGCCAAAAGAAAGUGGCCCUAGAAUCGGCCCUUAACAUCCAGAACUACCACUUGGAGUGUAAUGAGAUCCAAUCUUGGAUGAAGGAAAAAACCAAAGUGAUUGAAUCCACCCAGAGCCUGGGCAAUGACCUGGCUGGAGUGAUGGCGCUGCAACGCAAACUCACUGGCAUGGAGAGGGACCUGGAGGCCAUUCAGGGCAAACUGGAUGACCUGAGCAACGAGGCUGAAAAACUGGCCUUGGAACAUCCAGAUCAGGCAGGAGAGAUCCAAGGACACCUGGCAGAGAUUCAAGAGGUGUGGGAGGAGUUGAACGCCACCAUGAAGCGGCGCGAGGAGUCAUUGGGCGAAGCCAGCAAGCUGCAGGGCUUCCUCAGGGAUCUGGAUGACUUUCAGUCCUGGCUGUCCCGCACCCAGACAGCCGUGGCCUCGGAGGACAUUCCAACCUCUCUGCCUGAGGCUGAGAGUUUGCUAGCCCAGCAUGAGAGUAUUAAGAAUGAGGUGGACAACUAUAAGGAGGACUACGAGAAGAUGCGAGCUGUCGGCGAUGAGGUGACCCAAGGUCAGACAGAUGCCCAGCACAUGUUCCUGGCCCAGAGACUCCAGGCACUGGACACUGGCUGGCAUGAGUUGCGUCGCAUGUGGGAGAACCGCCACAGUCUCUUGGCCCAGGCCUUUGACUUCCAGACUUUCUUGAGAGACGCAAAGCAGGCAGAGGCUUUCCUCAACAGCCAGGAGUAUGUGCUGUCCCACACAGAAAUGCCCACCAGCCUUCAAGGAGCAGAGGAGGCCAUUAAGAAGCAUGAGGAUUUCCUCACCACCACAGAGGCCAGUGAGGAGAAGAUAACUGGUGUGGUGGAGGCUGGACGGCGCCUCAUUAACGACAGUAAUGCAAACUCUGAUAAGAUCCAGGAAAAAGUCGAUUCCAUCCAGGAAAGGCAUCUGAAGAAUAAGGAGGCUGCAAAUGAAUUGCUGGCUAAGCUUAAGGACAACCGGGAACUUCAGCACUUCCUCCAAGAUGGACAGGAGCUCACAUUGUGGAUAAAUGAGAAGAUGCUGACGGCACAGGACAUGUCUUAUGAUGAGGCCAGAAAUCUUCACAGCAAGUGGCAGAAGCAUCAGGCCUUCAUGGCAGAGCUGGCCUCCAACAAAGACUGGCUGGACAAAAUUGAUAAGGAGGGUCAGGCACUGGUGGCCGAGAAGCCGGAGCUAAAGCCUGUUGUUCAGCAGACCCUGGAUGACCUACAGCGUCAGUGGGAGGAGCUGGAGGGCACCACCCAAACCAAGGCCCGGUGCUUGUUCGAUGCUAACCGGGCAGAGCUCUUUACACAGAGCUGCUCUGCUCUGGAUGUGUGGCUGAAAAACCUGGAGGGUCAGCUGCAUAACGACGACUAUGGCAAGGAUUUGACCAGUGUCAACAUCCUGCUCCAGAAGCACCAGAUGCUGGAGCACCAGAUGGAUGUCAGAGAGAAGGAGGUGCAGUCCCUUCAGUCUCAGGCUCAGGCUCUGUCCCAGGAAGACGCUGGAAUUGCUGAGGUAGAUGGUCAGCAAAGGCGUGUCACUGACAACUUCUCCAACCUUCAGGAUCCUCUCCAACUGAGGAGACAGCGACUACUCGCCUCCAAAGAAGCACAUCAAUUCAACAGAGAUCUGGAGGAUGAAAUUCUUUGGGUGAAAGAGAGGAUGCCCCUGGCAGACUCCACAGACCAUGGAAAGGACCUGCCCACCGUACAGCUGCUAAUCAAGAAGAACCAGACAUUGCAGAAGGAGAUCCAGGGCCACCAGCCUCGCAUCGAUGACAUCCAUAGACGAGGCCAGACUCAGAGCCAGGUAGAUGGUGAGAGGCAGUCUGUCCUAGAGGAGCGCCUUGUUGAGCUGCGGGACCUCUGGGACCAGCUGAUAGCCGAGACAGACAAGCGCCAUGCCCGUCUAAUAGAGGCAAAUCGCGCCCAGCAGUUCUAUGCUGAUGCAGCGGAGGCAGAGGCCUGGAUGGGAGAACAAGAGCUACACAUGAUGUCAGAGGAAAAAGCCAAGGAUGAGCAAAGCGCACUAGUGAUGGUCAAGAAGCACCAGACCCUGGAACAGGCACUUGAAGACUACGCCCAAACCAUUCACCAACUAGCCAACAGCAGCCGCACCAUGGUCAACGGCGAACACCCAGAGAGCGAGAGAAUCACCUUACGGCAAUCCCAAGUUGACAAACUGUAUGCAGGGUUGAAAGACCUCGCUGAGGAGCGUCGUGGGCGACUUCAAGAGAGACUGCGACUGACCCAGCUGAAGCGGGAGGUGGAUGACCUGGAACAGUGGAUUGCUGAGAGGGAAGUGGUUGCUGGCUCCCAUGAACUAGGACAGGACUAUGAACAUGUCACAAUGCUGAGGGACAAGUUCCGGGAGUUUGCUCGUGACACCAGCAACAUUGGCCAAGAGCGUGUAGAUGGUGUAAACGGGCUGGCGGAUGACCUGAUUGAGUCGGGUCAUCCUGAGAACGCUAGUGUGGCUGAGUGGAAAGACGGGUUAAACGAGGCUUGGGCUGAUCUGCUGGAGCUGAUCGACACACGCACACAAAUGUUAGCAGCCUCCUAUGAGUUGCACCGCUUCCAUCAGGAUGCCAUGGAGGUGCUUGGACGUAUGAAGGAGAAGAGGGAAGGGCUGCCUUCUGACCUUGGCCGUGAUCUGAACACCGUUCAGCAUCUACACAGACAGCACAACACUUUCGAAAAUGACAUCCAGGCCCUCAGUGGACAGGUGAACCAGGUGCAAGAUGAUGCAGCACGGCUGCAGAAGGCUUAUGCUGGGGAGAAGGCAGAUGACAUCAACAGGAGUGAACAUGCUGUGACUUCUGCCUGGGAAGGCCUGCUUGAGGCCGGUCAGGCCCGCAGGCUCCUCCUGCUGGACACUGUGGAGAAGUUCCGUUUCUUCAACAUGGUGCGAGACCUGAUGCUCUGGAUGGACGGUGUCAAUCUGCAGAUAGACGCACACGACAGCCCCAGGGAUGUGUCUUCUGCAGGGCUGGUCAUUGCCAAUCAUCAGGACAUCAAGUCAGAGAUUGAGACCAGGGCAGACAGCUUUACUGCCUGUAUUGAGAUGGGACAUUCUCUUAUCAACAAUAAUCACUAUGCAACUGAUGAGGUCCGGGAGAAACUGGCUCAACUCCAGCAAAAGAGAGAGAAGAUCAACAAAAAGUGGCAAGACAAGAUGGACCAUUUACAAAUAGUGCUGGAGGUGUUGCAGUUCGGACGCGAUGCCUGUGUGGCAGAGUCCUGGUUGGCAGGGCAAGAACCUCUGGUGCGAGCAGCAGAGCUGGGCUCAAAUGUGGAUGAGGUAGAGAGCCUAAUUAAGCGCCAUGAGGCCUUUGAGAAACUUGCUACAGCCUGGGAAGACCGCUUUGUGCUGCUGGAGAAACUUACUACGCUUGAGGAGCAUGAGCUCCAGAAGCGGCUAGAGGAAGAAGAGAGAGCAAGGCGACCCCCUACACCACCCCCAGCAGAAGUGGCACAAUCUGAAACAGAAAGUCAAGUACACGAUUCUCAAGCCAGAACCAGUCUGGACCAGACUACACUCAAUCAGUCUGUGUCGGUGAAUGGAGUUCACAGCGACAAUGACACAUCGCAGCAGUCAAAAUCGCUACCGUUGUCAGUGGGAAAGAAAUCAGAGCCUAAACGUGUGUGUAAGCCAAAGCAGCCGGAGCGUGGCUCCGAGUCCGAGUCGGUGAACGGACCAGGCAGGGACAGCGGGCUGGCAUCCUCUCGCCUUGAGCCUUCUGCCACGUUACCGAGCAAAGGUGGAGCAGAGCCCGAUGCCAUGGAGGGGAUGCUCUGUCGAAAGCAGGAGAUGGAGUCCCACAGCAAAAAGGCAGCUACCAGGUCCUGGCAGAACGUGUACUGUGCCCUCAGAAAAGGAAGUCUCGGUUUCUAUAAAGACGGCAAGAGCGCUAGCAAUGGCAUUCCAUACCACGGAGAGGUACCCAUCAGCCUGGGAGAGGCUGUGUGUGAGGUAGCACACGGCUAUAAGAAGAGGAGAUUUGUAUUCAAGCUCAGGCUAGGGGAUGGGAAAGAGUACCUGUUUCAGGCGAAGGAUGAGGCUGAGAUGAGCUCCUGGAUCGGUUCCAUCGUCAGCGCCAUUCCAACAGGCUCAGCAGACUCGCCCGUAGCUCCACGGGCGCUCAGCCGCGCCAUGACGAUGCCUCCCAUCUCCCCCGGCUCAGGUGAAGCCGGAGGCGUUACCAUGCGCAACAAAGACGGCAAAGAGAAGGACCGCGAGAAGAGGUUCAGCUUCUUUGGCAAGAAAAAAUAGAACACUUGUGUUAUCGCUGGAAACUACAUUUGUCUAAAUUUCAACAAACUGAAGCGGUCAGAAAGCAAAAGUACAAAGAGGUAACACAAACACACUGCUCUCAGUGCAGACCCCGAGGAAUCUGUCGACGGCUACUAUCGUAUGUGGCUUACAGAGAACUUUGUUUCUUUUCUUUCGCUCUUAUUCUCUCCCUCGCCGGUUUCUAUCCGUCAUUUACUUUUUCGUUCAACCAAUUCAUAUUUCACAUUUAGCUGCACCCAGCAACGAAAGCCUUCAUCCAAAUUCAAGCAAUUUCAGCCAACCAGCGGAGCUUAUUGGUCUUAAGUCAGUGACGGCUGUGGUUGGCAUUAGUAGGGAUUCGGGACCAGUUCAGUUUCAAUCCACCAAAAACGGCCCUCCUUCAGAAUGAAUAUUUUCUCUUCAGUGAGUCUUGACUGGGUCGUGGUGGAAACUUUUCAUCAAUGGCCGUUUUGUUCUGCAAGGAAUACAAAGGCCUAAGUAAGUACGAGUCUUGACUAGCUGAGCCGUUUUGAUGCCGUGUCACUAAUAAAACAAUGGAUGGUGGCUUUACACUGGGGUGCACUCUGGUUUUAUUUCCCCGCUUUAAAGCGCUCUCUCUUUGUGGGAGGAUUACAUCACUCUCUUUUUCUGUACUUUGUAUUGAUGUUAUUAACCUGACCGAUUUAUUAUUGCUAUUAUUAUUAUUAUUAUUAUUAUUAUUAUUAUUAUUUAUCUUUUGCUAUUGCUGGUUUGAGAAAACAAGCUAAUUAAUUUGCUAUUAGAUAUUCAUGAUUAAUGUUUUUGGUUAAAUUAGUGGAGAAUGUUGGGCUUGCCCUUGUAUGUAAUAUUUUGUUUUGUUUUCUAGGAAUGACAGUUGAUGAGGUGUUUUUGAGAAAAAAAAUAAAGCUCAUAAAAUUUUAGAAGUGUGCAGUAAGUGAUCACAAGUUUCAUUGGGAAAAUAAUAUAUAUAUAUUUAAUAAGUGGUUAUAUUUUUUAUUUUGUCUCUAAUUUUGCCUGUAUUUGAUCAUUUCUUUUGAGUGGUCUUUUCUGCUUGAUUUUCAACUUUUUUCUGUACAAAGCAGAGAAGAUUAGUUUUCUAGUGUGUGCGUGCGUGGGUGUGAGUUGUGGUGCUGUGGACUUUGCACGUUUAAGUUAUUCCUGAUCAAACGUGGCUGCUUUCCGGUACGCAAACGCAGACAAAAACCAGACACAAACACAAAAUAAUAUUACUGGAAUGAUUUCAUAAUAUUAGCUUUUCUUUGCUUCUGGUUUUUAUUAUAUGUGAGCUGACAUUACCCAACGGAGUUCCACAAGACGGUUUAAUUAUUUUUGUUUUAGUCUUCUAAUAUCUAUAUCUGUUCUCUCUCUAUCUACUGGUGUGACGGCAUGGGGGGGCUGUUUGUAGAUAAGAAGCUGAAGCACAUUCUCUGUGGCAGACCGCGGGGAUGCAAGCAGGUCAGAUGGACAGCUGGACAGGUCUCAUUGAGUGAAGUGAGGGCUGCGGAAGUGAAGAAUGCGGCUUAUGUGCUACAUGACAGACGGGUGUAUUGAGCCUUACUUGAACCCAUUACGGAUACACUGAACCCCCUUUUUACAAACCCUAACCCUCCAUUCGAACAGUCUUUAAGGAAGCUUUCGUAGUACGAAGACGGGAAUGUUAAAAAUAUGUGCCCUGUGGCAAUGAUCUAAUGUAUGUCAGUGGGUUACGUAUGCAGGUACAACAUGAAUUAUAGUAACCACGGAAAGCUCUGCUCACUAACUGGCAGAGAGGGAAGAGUCCUAAAUUGUCUCCAAGACGAGCUUUGUGCUCUUGCAUAUGUGGCAUGACUUCAUGUAGGUUCAUACUUGUAUGUGUGUCAUCGUUGCCAUCUAUUCUCUUCUGUGUUGAUGUACUCUGAAAACAUGAGAUCACUUCAUAUUCAGGGCUGGAGAGCAACUAAUUCUGUGUAAUUGGCAUUUACAGUAAUCUGAAACAAGAUCAUGGCAAUCCAAUAUGUUUAAUGUACAAAAUAUGAUAGGUGUUUUAUUUAGUCUGCUUAAAUAUGGUACAUGUUUCAAACGAUGAAAGCAUUUACAGUUUUUGUGAGACUGUAGGCAGUAGUGACAUUUUAUACAAAUUGAUUGUUAACUGUUAUAGUCAAUCACUUAAAUCCAAGUUUUAAUUGAUCUUUCUAACUGCCAAAAUGCCACAAGAAGUUACAGGACGACAAUUACAUGAAUUUUAAGAGUUUUAUGAAUUAUUUCAAGUAUAGGUUUCAAGUAAUCAAUUAUUUUGUAAUUUAUUUCACCUUGAAAUUAACUCUUUAAAGCUGGUAUUUGCCUGGAUGUGUAUAGCAUAUCUUGGAGGGCUUGAAGUCCACUGGAAUGUCACACCAAACUGUUGUGACAUCACAAACAGCUGGAAAUAAACUGGUUGCAGUUUAAACAGGUCGGCCUUAUCUCGUAGUCCCAAAUGAAUGUGGAACCAGUGAUCUAUUGCUCAAAGACCCCCGAAGCCAGAGAUGUGAAAUCUGUGAACAUCCACUUUGAGACUAUUGAACGGCUGACAGCACCCUGGUCCAAACUUUCUCAAACUGACUGCCUUUGUCUCUGUCAGUGGGGUUUUGUAUCUCGGGUGGGCGACCCAGCUCCCAGAUUGAGUAUCCUUAAACAAAGCUAUACCAUCAUGGGAACCAAGUCAAUGAGGUCAUUGCAUACACAAGUGAGCCAAUGCAGUUAGCGUACAUUGUGCACAAUUUUUCGAAUGGAAGAGUCAUUCUUCCCCAGUGGAUGAGCUGUUUCUAGUGAUCAUUGCUACCUUUUCUCUGCUCCGGACAUCAGACAACAGCGUUCAGUUGAUGUCCGAGUCUCUAUGUCUAAAGGUCACACAGUGUAUUUUCUUAUCGGCUCAUUUGAAUGUGAAUGAUUCAAAUUAGUUUGGCCAAAUUGGUCACGAGAAGCAAAAAUAUUUCACAUACUUGACAUACUGUACACAAAACUUUCUCUUUCGCACACACAUUAAUACUGUAUAACGAAUGCAGAAUGACCCUGGCAAUCCAGUUUUGUGGAUGUGUCCUCAGCUGGCUGUGAUUCGAUGUUGCAUACGGCAUCCUUUUUAAAAUAGCAUCGUGCCACUGGUGAGCUUUGACCAGAACGUGGGACGUAAUGUAUUAUUGAUGUCAAAGAGACAUGUUUUUGGUAAUGAGAUUACUUGUAACAAUGGAGUACUUGAUGAAGAGAAAAAAACACAACUUUUACUUGUAUUAGAUAUGGGUGAAAUCAGACUGGUGACAAUUUGAGCUUCCUUUUUUUUUAGAAAAAGGCAGGACACUUGCUGUCUAGUGGGAGCUUGUAUUUUUUCCUCCAGUGGUCUGUCUUGCAGCAUUUGAUAAGCCUGUCCUCCUACCUUCAUUUCUCAUUACUUUUGACGAAUGUCUGUUCCUUCCUCUGUAAUUCAGAGUUGUUAAUACCACUACUAUUAUUAAUUGCUAUUAUAAUCAUUAUUGCUACUGUUGUUACUAUUACUACUACUGUUACUAAUGCAACUUAUUGCAAAAAUUAUAACUGCUGUCCAUUUUCAGGUACGUGUCUGUAAUACCAGACCCUUCCACACGAUGUCAGUGUGCUGUGGAGCAUUUUCAUUACAAAUCGAAAAUAAUGUUUGUUGACUUGUGUAUCUACAUCUAAUAUUAGGAAUAAUAAAACAUGGUUUAAUCAAAAUCA